CUUGACCACAGUUGACAAUGGAUGCCUGAAUGCGAUAACUAACUAGGGCCUCCUUUCGACUUUGAAGCAAGCUUGGAAGACUCUAUUGGAGUAUCGGGCCUGCCAGCUAUGGCUGAACAAAUUACGAGCAUUCAACUUGGGCGCGAAGUGGAGCGUCUUGUCACGGCCCCAUAUGCACCCUCGCUACAGGACCUCUAUGGCUUAGUCCAAGAUGCUUCACCUGCAUCCAUCAGACAUUGGGCGUUCUGUAAACCAUGUCAGGUCGGAGCCCUCGUAGACCUUCUCGUUGACGGGUUGUCUCGGUCCCGCUUUGCGUUGUCUUUGCUUAGUGCUUUCAUGCCCGUCAUUUCUUUUCGUGACUUUCUACUCCAGCGAUACCCUCAUCUUCUUGACCAAUUCCUUGAAAAGUCUACGACAGAGGAGGGUUCCGAGUAUGCUUCUCUAUGCACUGCAAUUCUUUCAUCCCCUCUGCCACCGGACUUCCUGGUUCCAGCGCGUUUGACACCUUUCCUCUCGUCAGUAAUCCGUCAGCUAUCAGAGAAUCCGUGCUCAGAGACCAUCUUGCCCCUGCACCGUAUUUCAACUGGCCUACGAACUUCUCCCAGAGUACUACUCGAGAUACCAACCGAGAUCAUUUCGAGCAUCCAGGUUGAGCUCACGAAAACAUUACGCAAUCUCGCUGACCAUAUGGGCAAUCUUCUUUCUCUCGCUACCUUGGCCAAUCUUGCAUCACUACAGGGGAAAUUAUCGAAUCGAGAAUCUCGGUCGUCUACUCCCCUGUGGUUGCAAAGUGUCGGUCAUUUCUUUGGGCCCAAGCGCGGGCUCAAGACAAUGGAUCUUGUAGUCCUGAGAGUGAUCCUCGCAUGCUCUGACUCAUGCAGUGAACUGACGCCAGCACAAGCUGCUGAAAGUGUUUGCUUAGCUAUUCAGAUUUGUGACAGGGUCGAACCUGAGCAGAAGGAUGCAUGGAAUGCAGCAAAUCCAUCCAAAAUCGCCAAAUUGCGAGAGAAAGUGAUGAGAAGUGGCAUUGAUCGUGGUGUACAGAUUCUGGGGGCCACCUUCCUCGUUUCUAUUCUUCCCACAGCGGCACUGACCCCCGAAAUACCUCGACUUGCUCUCGACUGGGCCAUGUCAGAAACAAGACCUGUUAUGUUGAGCGUGCUUCCCCUAGAAUAUAUGCAGCGACUAGCACUUGCGAAUGCCGCUUGUUCGAAAGAGUCCGCAGUACGGCAGGUCUUUGACUAUGCUUUCUCUACGCUGAAAAUAUUACAACCGAGCAAUCCGUCGGAUCUACAGAGCCUAGAAAUAGCAAGAUCACUAGUCAUAGGCUUACAGAACGUAGACGCGAAACUAUUCACUACCUGCAUCUCGGAGACAAUCCUGCGCGAAUGCAGCAAGUCGAUGAUUGCGCUCCUCGAAAGUUUUCCAAGAGCUUCAUCCUCAACACAAUGUCAUGACUCCAGUGUUUGCUACGACAUAUAUUCGCAGCUGCAGAACGAGCUAAUUUGUGACCUAUUUGCCUGCAACCUGCACGCGUCGCUGUCCCACAAAUCGGACGCCAGCGGACUGAAUCCUGCCGAAGCCGGUACUUUGAGGCUAUUCACUGAGAAGUCCAAGCAGUCUCUGUGCAGGCAUAGAUGCACAAUCUCAGAAAAUAAGCCCAACGACCGCAUCAGGAAUGUCCCGCCACUUAGAUCACAUGAAAAUCUGCCAAGCUCAAGAUCCAACUGGAGGGAAGCGAUGACAGAAACAUUGAUGCUGAAUUCACGCACAACCCAAGAGACUAUGAUACGCGCAAUGGAAGAUAUCUGCUAUGACCUUGAACAGCGCUGUGGCAAUGUCGAAGCCCCCCUCAGAGCAGUAGAAAGAGAACGUGACGAGUACUCUCUAGAAGCGGAAAGAUUGCGAGAACAGAACGUUGAGCUACAAUCGCAGCUGAGUAAGUGCUCCGGCACUAUUGACGAUCUACACCAAGACAUUUUCCGCCUGGAGCAUCAGUCAGAAGCUGCAUCUAUGCGUGCCGAGGAGUUGACAGCAAACCUGAAUGCAUUACAGAAGGAAUUGGCGGACCAUCGGCGCGAAUCCCAAGAGAUUGUCACGAGCGAGCGAGAACAGGCCAGGACCAGGGAAUUAGACCUAGUGGCCUCUGUCACUGAAAAGGACGAUCUGUUGGAAGCGCUUCAAGAAGAGGUUGCCGAGCAGAAGCAAGCGUAUGAUGACCUGCGGAGUGUGCUUGACGAGGUCUCCAAAGAUAAAGCCACAUGUCUGGAGCAAGUCGCUUCCUUGGAACAAGAAGCUGCCGGGCUUCGACAAGGCCUGCAGCAUUACCAAACGCUGGUUGUUGACAAAGAAGAGGAAGCGAAGCGGAUCUUGAAUGAGAAGCAGAACACCGGUAAAGAGGCAGAAGUAUUACAAGAAAAGCUGCACGAACGAAAUGCAGAGUUUGACAAGCUUCAAGAGGCACUUCAAAAUGCGAUUGAGGAAAACCGGAGAGAACGAGCUAUUCUUGAGGAGCGAACUAGAAAGGCAGCUGUAGAGAACGAGAAAUGGAAGGAAAGAUACGCUCGUAUAUGUGCUUCCAAAGACAAAGCUGCUACAAUCGCUGCCACGGAAGCGAAAGAGAAGAACAAGCGCAUUGAAUACUUGGAAGCAAAGACGCGAAAGCUCAAAGAUGAGCGAGCAGCUAAAGCUCGGGAGUUCUCUGAGGCCCAGCAACACAUCGGACGGCUGAUGAACAUUAUGGGGUUCAAAGCUGAGCCCGAGGUGUCAAUGACUCCGAAGAGACACCUCCGGCGGCCUAGAUCUAACAGUAGAGCAGAAUCCGCAGAGCCAGUGGCGAUGCCGCAACAAACGCAGGUCGAAGUGGAAGAGGAGGAUUUUCAGACUCAGCCCGACGAGCGUUCGGGAGCAAGUUUUGAAAGCGAGAUGUCCUCCCCUAGAAACCAUAGCCAGAAAAGAUCUCUGGACAGGGCAUUUCCUGCCGCUGACCUGUCUUCACCUCGUACUGUAAAUGGCGGUCAGCUGGUGAAUGCGGGUGGCCGUGAUGCCGCAACUUCAAAACAACAUCAACAGAGGACGCCUCUGGCAGACGCGGAUUCGAACAGCCAUCCUUCCUCUCAGCAAAGCACUAAAUCGCAUCGCAGUGUGGGGCACACAGUCGAACAGAGCCAACCCUGUGGAGUGCUAGGUGAAAAUCACCUACAACACAUCGACUUGGAUAUGGAUUUGGAGUUCUCCAAAGACUUCCUGUUCACAAGCACGUCUCUGUCCAACUCAAACGACCACGCGCCACCGUCUGAGACAUAGUGGCGCUCGUUGUUCCCUUGGCACUCAAAUGUUGAUGUCGCUUACGGGAAGGAUUGUGACUUCGAGCCUUUUUUUUCUGCCUCUCUUGGAUAGUGAUCUGG